GCCACGUGUGUUUUCCUUCGUAAACAAGCCAUGUGACUGUAAUAAGAGGAACUAAACACAAGAGAAAAGAAAAUAUUAUGCAUUCUUUCUACAAUAUUUUUCCUUCAAAAUAGAAAGUUUUAGAACUUGUGAACGGAAAGAAAUGAAAGGCUAAAACUUUCAGUGUAUAUAGUAGACUACCACUAGCCUGUCAUAUAAAACUAUCAGCUGUCUGCUACUCUUCUGGACAGAGAUAUGAUUUUUGCUAGUUUUGCUAGUUUUCGUUGAGAAGACUAGAAAAAUGUCUAUAGCUUUGGAAGGAAAAGCCAUGGUCCCGAACCCUUUUAGGCUUUUUACAACCUCGAUAUACUCUAUCGAUCGAGAUAUGAAUCAUUAAAAACGGAGUCAGACAUGUUCAUAGGUUUCCUCAUUAGUGCUAUUAUCAAUGCAGUCAUCUUGUCUGAUCAUUAUGCUCUCAACAGAAUUCUUAACGUAGUUUAAGAAAGAUAAGAGUGUUUGUAUUCGAUUUUGAUUAGCUCGUAUGAUCUGAAUUUAAUGUGCUGGUUUCUUAGACGAAUGAAUAUAUUUCCAUCUUUUUAGUUUUUUUAGCUACGUUUUGAACAGUUUUAUGUCUGUUUUAGUCCAAAGUGCUGUUCAAUAUUAGAGUUAGACAAGAAACUAUUUACGUCUCCUAAGCACAGGCCACGUCGUGUCGAAUGUCUGGAAUGCUCAUUCGUUUGGUGUUUUCAGUGUCAUAGUCCGUGGCAUGAGAAAAUGACUUGUAAAGAAUAUACAGAAGGAAAUAAAUUAUUAAAACAAUGGGCAAAUCAAUAUGAUCAAAAUCAAUCUAAUGCAAAACAAUGUCCAAAGUGUAAAGUAUUUAUUUCCCGUAAUGGAGGGUGUCCACACAUGACCUGUUCAAAAUGCAGUUGCGAUUUUUGCUAUAAUUGUGGAAAAAGACGAUUGGAAAUUAAAUUUUUUGGUACUCAUGAAAGUUGUAAAUAUAAUUUAUAUCCGAAUAAACCAGUUUUGCGUAAAACUCUUCGAGGUUUAUUCGUAGGUGCCGCAGUUGUUGUAGCUCCUGUUGCUGCUGUAGGCGCUGUUGCUCUAUUAGCAGUGGGCACAACGGUUGCCGUACCUACAUACGGUACCUAUCGUCUAGUUAAAUUUCUUCGACAACGUCAUCAACGCCGAUCAAAUAUUCAGUUAACUGAACGAAACAAUGAUCAUCGACGACGUUCAUCGUGGAAUGGAGAUUCUGAUCAGGAAUCGGGACCGAGCACUAUUGAAACCCGAGAGGAGAGAGAAUUAAGACUAGCCAUUGCAGCAAGUGAACAAACAUUUGAGAAAGAAGAAUACGAACGAAAAGCUAUUGUAUUUGAUGAUAAUGACAGUUUAAAUUAUGGAGAAAUGAAUUGGAAAACGCGUGCUUCAUUAGAUUCGUUAUCAACGGUCGAUGGUGAAGAACAAAAUUCAAGAAGUAGACAAAGAUCACCACUUCCAUCUCGAAAAAGUCUUUUAAAAUUGACACCGACAACAGUCACUGAUAAUAAAUUUUAA